GUGCAUCGACCAGAAAUUCAAGCGGUGCCCGCCUCUGCCCACCACCAGCGUCGUCAUCGUCUUCCAUAACCCGAAAACCCUCUUGGAUUUUGGAGAAAGGAGGCUCCGUGUCUCCCUGAGCCUGCAGCCGGAUCCAAACCUGGACUACCUGAAGGAAGAGCUGGAUCGCUACGUGAAGCAGCUCCAGAUUGUGCGGGUCGUGCGGCAGGAGGAGAGGAAAGGGCUGAUCACGGCACGGCUGCUGGGGGCCAGCGUGGCCAGCGCAGAGGUCCUGACCUUCCUGGAUGCCCACUGCGAGUGUUUCCACGGCUGGCUGGAGCCCCUCCUAUCCCGCAUCGCUGAAGAGCCCACGGCCGUCGUAAGCCCCGACAUCGCCACCAUCGAUCUCAACACCUUUGAGUUCUCCAAGCCUGUCCAGAGCGGCAAACAGCACAGCCGGGGCAACUUUGACUGGAGCCUGACUUUUGGCUGGGAGGCCGUCCCGCCCCAGGAGAAGCAGCGGAGGAAGGAUGAGACCUUCCCCAUCAAGUCCCCGACUUUUGCCGGUGGCCUCUUUGCCAUCUCCAGGUCCUACUUCGAGCGCAUCGGCUCCUACGAUGAUCAGAUGGAGAUCUGGGGGGGCGAGAACGUGGAAAUGUCCUUCAGGGUCUGGCAGUGCGGGGGUCAAGUCGAGAUCAUCCCUUGCUCCGUCGUGGGUCACGUCUUCCGCUCCAAGAGCCCCCACACCUUCCCCAAGGGCACCCAGGUCAUCUCCAGGAACCAGGUCCGCCUGGCUGAGGUCUGGAUGGACGACUACAAGGAGAUCUUCUACAGGAGGAACCAGCAAGCUGCGCAGAUGGCCAGAGAG